CGGGGCUCAACGGGCAGCCGUGGCGGCUGGGUAAUGGCAGCCCUGUGAGGAGGAUCCCGUGUAGCGGAGGGGCAGGAGCCGCAGCCUGCGCAGGAGACGCGCCGUGUGGGGAGGGGGCGGGGAGGCGACACUGACCCAGGCCUCUCCUGUUGCCAGAUCAAUACUAACGCCCCACAAUGUCCUUGAAACCACGAGUAGUUGAUUUUGAUGAAACAUGGAACAAGCUGCUUACAACAAUUAAAGCUGUUGUUAUGUUGGAUUAUGUGGAAAGAUCAACAUGGAACGACCGCUUUUCGGACAUUUAUGCUUUGUGUGUGGCCUAUCCUGAACCACUGGGGGAGAGACUUUAUAUGGAAACAAAGAACUUUUUGGAAAAUCAUGUACGCCAUUUGCACAAGAGAGUCAUGGACUCUGAAGAACAAGUACUGGUAAUGUAUCAUAGAUACUGGGAUGAAUACAGUAAAGGAGCAGACUAUAUGGACUGUUUAUACAGAUACCUCAAUACACAGUUUAUUAAAAAGAACAAAUUGACUGAAGCUGAUCUUCAGUAUGGUUAUGGAGGUGUGGAUAUGAGCGAACCAUUGAUGGAGAUUGGAGAGCUAGCACUUGAUAUGUGGAGGAGGUUAAUGAUCGAGCCUUUACAAGCUGUCCUCAUUCGAAUGCUCCUCCGUGAAAUCAAAAAAACUGAGCAGCAGUACAAGCUUCAGCUACUUCUGUCAGUCAGCCUUGUUCCAGGUGAUCGCUGUGGAGAAGAUCCAAAUCAAAAAGUAAUCCAUGGGGUUAUUAACUCCUUUGUUCAUGUUGAACAGUAUAAGAAAAAAUUCCCUCUGAAGUUUUAUCAGGAAAUUUUUGAGUGUCCUUUUCUGAAUGAAACAGGGGAGUAUUAUAAACAAGAAGCUUCAAAUUUAAUGCAAGAGUCAAACUGCUCACAGUAUAUGGAAAAGGUUUUAUGUAGAUUAAAAGAUGAAGAAAUGAGGUGUCGAAAAUAUCUACACCCCAGUUCCUAUGGCAAAGUAAUUAAUGAAUGCCAACAGCGAAUGGUAGCAGAUCACUUACAGUUCCUUCACGCAGAAUGCCAUAACAUUAUCCGACAAGAGAAGAGAAACGGUAAAGACAUACAGGACAUGGCAAAUAUGUACACGUUGCUUCAUGCUGUGCCAAGUGGAUUACCUCAUAUGAUUCAGGAACUACAAAAUCAUAUCCAUGAUGAGGGCCUUAGAGCAACCAGCAAUCUUUCUCAGGAAAACAUGCCCACUCAGUUUGUGGAGUCUGUGUUGGAAGUACACAGUAAAUUUGUUCAGCUUAUCAGCAGCGUUUUGAACGGCGACCAGCGAUUUAUGAGUGCUCUUGACAAGGCCUUGACAUCCGUAGUGAACUAUAGGGAACCAAAGUCUAUCUGCAAAGCUCCCGAGCUGCUGGCCAAGUAUUGUGACAACUUGCUAAAAAAAUCCGCGAAAGGCAUGACAGAAAAUGAAGUAGAAGACAAACUUACUAGCUUCAUUACUGUUUUCAAAUACAUUGACGACAAAGAUGUUUUCCAAAAAUUCUAUGCCAGAAUGUUGGCAAAACGACUUAUACAUGGUUUGUCUAUGUCCAUGGACUCUGAAGAAGCUAUGAUUAACAAAUUGAAGCAAGCCUGUGGUUAUGAGUUUACUAGCAAGCUCCAUCGAAUGUAUACAGACAUGAGUGUCAGUGCAGAUCUUAACAACAAAUUCAACAACUUCAUAAAAAAUCAGGACACCGUCGUAGAUUUGGGAAUUAGUUUUCAGAUAUACGUUCUUCAGGCUGGUGCAUGGCCUUUGACUCAGGCGCCUUCAUCUACAUUUGCAAUUCCUCAGGAACUGGAAAAAAGUGUACAGAUGUUUGAAUUAUUUUACAGUCAGCAUUUCAGUGGGAGGAAACUCACCUGGCUUCAUUAUCUCUGCACAGGUGAAGUUAAAAUGAAUUAUUUGUGCAAACCGUAUGUAGCCAUGGUUACAACAUACCAAAUGGCAGUGCUGCUUGCCUUCAACAACAGUGAAACUGUCAGUUAUAGAGAACUUCAAGACAGUACGCAGAUGAAUGAGAAGGAAUUGACAAAAACAAUCAAGUCAUUACUUGAUGUCAAAAUGAUCAACCAUGACUCUGAGAAGGAAGAUGUAGAAGCAGAGUCUACUUUUUCAUUAAAUAUGAACUUCAGCAGUAAACGGACAAAAUUUAAAAUCACUACAUCAAUGCAAAAAGAUACACCACAGGAAAUGGAGCAAACCAGAAGCGCUGUAGAUGAAGAUAGAAAAAUGUACCUUCAAGCUGCUAUAGUUCGUAUCAUGAAAGCGCGGAAGCUGCUGCGACACAAUGCUCUUAUUCAGGAGGUAAUUAGCCAAUCAAGAGCUAGGUUUAAUCCAAGUAUCAGCAUGAUUAAGAAGUGUAUUGAAGUUCUGAUUGACAAACAAUACAUUGAGCGGAGCCAGUCCUCAGCAGAUGAGUACAGCUAUGUAGCAUGAGGUUAAUAUCCUGCAGGUAUGGUUGUACGGAGAUCAUUGCUGUCACUGCUUGGUGUGUCCUGUGGGGGGGAGGAAAAGCAGGCCUGCUGUGCCUCCAUAACUGGUCACUUUGGCAGCCCCUGUUUUUUCUGCUGUUUACAACAUCACCAGUGCCACGUCAUGAGCGUCAACAAAAAGAAAUGAAAAGCCUAUAAAUAUUCCAAGCUCAUGUCAUUAUGACAUUUCUUAAAACUUUACUAAACAAGAGUGAGUAAAGUAUUGCUGAAAUGUGGAAAUUUUGGUUGGAUACCAUGCUUCCCCCCUUCCACCCCCUCCAUGCCCCCCACGUUUGCAGUUGAUGUUUUUUAAUGUAUCUUAAAAGACAAAGUUAAAACAGACUAAAUAUUGUAAUAUGGCAGAUAACAUAAUAAUUGUAUCUACAUUAAAAUGUAAAAAGAACAUGAUACUGCUGCUUGUCAAAUAAAUAAAGAAAUGGAAUAUGU